UUGUGGCUGGUCCUGGACUGGUUCAUAGUACCUACUGUAUUCACAUGCAAUCUAUGGCCAUUGCUCAUGCAUCCUCUGCAUAUCUCUCACAGCCAGGGGUGGACUGACAACUUAUGGGGCCCUCAGGCAAUAGGGGAUCAUGGGGCCCCUGUGUCCUUGCUGACACUCAAAGCACACCCGAAAAAGCCUAUAAAAGGUACCAGGGGCAUCUCAUGGGGCCCCCUACUGACCCCGGGCCCUCGGGCAGUGCCUGAGUUUCCAAAU